AUGUCUGCACCCGACUCAACCCCCGUCGUCUACGCCCUGGGCUCCAACGGAUCCGGCCAGCUGGGCAUCGGCCACGACCAAGACGUCUCCAUACCGCGCCAGGUCGUCUUCAGCCCGGGUUCCGAACCCACCACGCCCAUCGUCCGGGUCGCGGCCGGCGGCAACCACACCCUGCUGCUCACCUCGGACGGGCAGCUCUUCUGGGCCGGCGACUCCUCCACCGGCGCCUGCGGGCCUGCACCCACGGGGCAGGGUGCGCAGCAGCAGCAGCACGUUGCGCACGGCGUCGACCUGCCCCGGGGCGCGGACGGGACGGCUGCCGCCGCGCCCGUGAGGCUCAUCGCCGCGACCUGGGAGGCCUCGGUCAUCGUGCAGGCGGACGAGCAGGGCAGGAACACGGCGGUCUCGGCCUUCGGCGUCGGCAUGAAGGGCGAGCUGGGCCAGGGCCAGUUCAUCGUGCGCACGCCGUCUAUUUCACGCAUCAAGGACUUCCCGCCCCAGGGCGCCGAGGUCGUCGACCUGGCGGCCUGCAUGGGCCACGCCGUGGCCGUGCUCAGCAACGGCGACGCCUACGGGUGGGGAAACGGCCGCAAGGGCCAGCUGGGCACUGCUGUGGACGGUGUCGCGGACGAGCCGCGCAGGGUUGAGGGCGUCGACUUCAAAAUCUCGCGGGCGGUCUGCGGUCGGGAGUUUACGUGCCUUUUUGGUCCUUCCGAGAGCGGCGAGAUGCUUGUGCUGGGCGCGGACAAGGCUGGUGUCAAAUCUGCGGCGCCCGCCACAGCUCUGGGCUGGAAAGACGUUGGUGCCAGCUGGGGCGGUAUCUACGUCCUCAAACAAGAUGGCGAGCUGGUGAGCUGGGGACGAAAUGACCACGGUCAAUUAGCGCCGCCACAAUUGCCACGACUGGAUCGCAUCGGCAUCGGCAGUGAGCACGCGGUUGUCAUCACGGAGGACGGCGACGUGCUGGCAUGGGGCUGGGGCGAGCACGGAAACUGCGGCCCCAAGACGGAGAAUGGCGAUGUCAAGGGACGGUGGAACACAAUUGCUUCCAAAAAGUACAUUCCAACUGGUUCUGAAAUCGUGGGUAUCGGUGCGGGGUGCGCAACAAGCUGGAUAAGCAUCGAGAUUCCAAGCCAACCCUGA